AUUUCACACACCCACUGUUUCUGUACAUGCACAGAAGCAUCAAACAAGCUUAAAAACCCUCAAACGGAACUCCAAACUUCACCAACUCAUAUACACACCUACCGAGUAGUGAGAAUUGUCUCAAAAAUUCAAUGUCUCCCCUCUUUUCACUCUUCCUCCUCCACAUAAUAGUCAGCGCUGCCGGUGCACAACUCCGGCCUCAUUACUACUCAGAAUCUUGCCCGGAAGCCGAAGCUGAGGUUCGACAUGUCAUGAAGAAGGCUCUGAUCCGAGAGCCCCGGAGCCUUGCUUCUGUCAUGCGCUUCCAAUUCCAUGAUUGCUUUGUUAAUGGUUGUGAUGCUUCAUUGUUGCUUGAUGACACACCAACAAUGCUUGGGGAAAAACUCGCCCUUGCAAACAUAAAUUCACUGAGAUCUUAUGAGGUUGUUGAUGAAGUCAAGGAAGCCUUGGAGAAGGUCUGCCCUGGGAUUGUCUCUUGUGCAGAUAUCAUCAUCAUGGCCUCUAAAGAUGCUGUUGCAUUGGUAUGAAACUCUCUUCUCU